AUGUCAAAUACCUACGAAAGUAGAAGAACAGUCAACCCAGUUCAGCGUGGAAAGCCCUCUAGUGGAAUUGACACACAUAGCCGAAGAAUGAAUACCGGCACUAGGAGCCAAGGAAGAGCUUACGAAUACCAGCAACAACGUGCUGCUGAAACAGACUUGCCGAAGCGAGAGAAUUCGAGGAGCAAGCCCCAAAACCACGUGGUCCAACCCAGCGUAGUACAGGAUGGAAAGACAGACAACAGAAAAAGAAGCUAG